GUAUUUUAUGACCUGCGAUAGAAAUUCUGUAGAAGUCAAUGAAUGUUUGGUGGACGCUAUACAAGACGCUAUUCAUGUUUUGACUGACGGGAUCAAAGAUUUCAAAAUACCCUCAAUCGAUCCCUUGCAUCAAAAAGAAAUGCGACUAGAAUACAAAAAUAACCAGGUUCGUGCAAAAAUGAGAAUGAAUGAAAUAUUCAUAUCAGGUCUUAGCACAUCUACUGUACGAGAUGUUAGGUUAAAAGCUGAUGAAGAUAAAUUUCAUAUAGAAGUAGACAUAAAGACACCUAAUAUGGUUGUGACGGGUCGGUAUGACGGUGGAGGCAGUUACAGUACCUUAAAGCUUUCUGCAAAUGGUCUUUUUAAUAUUUCAAUGGAUGACCUUGAUUACACAUGGAAAAUAGAUGGAAAACCUGAAAUAAUCAACGGCUUUACUCAUGUAAGGGUUACGUCCUUUUAUAUGAGGCCUGAUAUUAGCAAAAUGAAGACACUCCUUACCAACGAAAAUCCAGAGAGUAAGGAUUUAACCGCGCUUGCUGUGCAAAUUACGAACGAGAAUUGGCGAUUGCUGUAUAAAGAGCUGCUGCCUUUUGCUCAAACCAACUGGAAUCAAAUUGGAACAGAGCUUUCAAACAAAAUAUUCUUGAAAGUACCCUACGAUGUUUUGUUUCCAAUAAAGUCUUAAUGCAAAU